ACGCCCCCUGCGCAAGCGCAGUCCCCAUGCUGCGUGCAGGGUCUCGCGCCGUGGCCCGCGCCGCCGUCACCUGCGCUCGAGGCUCCGGGGCGCUGGAGCCCUGCGCUGUAGCCAUGUCCCGGCCGCUGCAGGCAGCUUCGGGAGCCCGGGCUCGGCCCGCCACGGUGCUGGGCACCAUGGAGAUGGGGCGCCGCAUGGACGCCCCCGCCAGCGCCGCGGCCGUGCGCGCCUUCGUGGAGCGUGGCAACAGCGAGCUGGACACGGCCUUCAUGUACGGCGACGGCCAGUCUGAGAGCAUCCUGGGCGGCCUGGGGCUCGGGCUGGGCGGCGGCGGCUGCAGAGUGAAAAUCGCCACCAAAGCCAACCCCUGGGAUGGGAAAUCGCUGAAGCCCGACAGCGUCCGGUCCCAGCUGGAGACGUCGCUGCAGCGGCUGCAGUGCCCCCGCGUGGACCUCUUCUACCUGCACGCGCCUGACCACGGCACCCCGGUGGAGGAGACGCUGCGCGCCUGCCACCAGCUGCAUCAGGAGGGCAAGUUCGUGGAGCUGGGUCUCUCCAACUACGCCGCCUGGGAGGUGGCCGAGAUCUACACCCUGUGCAGGAGCCGCGGCUGGAUCCAGCCCACCGUGUACCAGGGCAUGUACAACGCCACCACCCGCCAGGUGGAGAAGGAGCUGUUCCCGUGCCUCAGGCACUUUGGGAUGAGGUUCUACGCCUACAACCCUUUGGCUGGGGGCCUGCUGACCGGCAGGUACAAGUAUGAGGACCAGGAUGCAAAAAAGCCGGAGGGCCGCUUCUUUGGGAAUAACUGGGCAGAGACCUACAGGAAUCGCUACUGGAAGGAGGAGCACUUCAAGGGCAUCGCCCUGGUGGAGAAGGCCCUGCAGGCUGCGUAUGGCAGCAGCGCCCCCAGCAUGACCUCGGCCGCCCUGCGGUGGAUGUACCACCACUCCCAGCUGCAGGGCGCCCACGGGGACGCGGUCAUCCUGGGCAUGUCCAGCCUGGCGCAGCUGGAGCAGAACCUGGCAGCCGUGGAGGAAGGGCCCCUGGAGCCGGCCGUCGUGGAGGCCUUCGAGCGAGCCUGGCACCUGGUUGCCCACGACUGCCCCAACUACUUCCGCUAGGCCGCUCGCGGCUCAGGCUGCCGCAGCCCUUCUCUGAGCACCUUUUCCGCCCCUUCUCCCCACCCCCCACCCCCCGCCAGUCUCUGCCUUAGCUGAGGCCUCCAGACCCUCAGGGUCCAUGCGCUCCCUCUCCAGGCCCCCGCCCUGGCCUGUGCCUUCGCAGUGCGGGCGGCCGAGGCCGAUCCUGCACGAGCUUUGCCUGCUGAGUGAGGCGGGCCCUUCCCUAGUGCAGCCCUGCCUGGGUGAACCCCAACCUCGUCUCCUCUGCAGCCCGCCCUGGGGCUGAGUGGGGGCUGAGCCAGGCGCUGGGUCUGAGAGGGCAGACGCGGUAGGAGGGGUCCCUAGGGUCUCCCCUGUCCUGCCCUCCGUAAGACCUGGCCUGGGCCCUGGCCUCCUUCGCUUGGGGUGGGGCACAGGCAGCUGGGUCCCAGGUAAAGCCACUGCCUGCAGUGCCAGCUUCCCAUAUGGGCACUGGUUCGAUUCCCGGCUGCUCCACUUCUGAUCCAGCUCUCUGCUGUGGCCUGGGAAAGCAGUGCAAGAUGACCCACAUCCUUGGGCCCCUAUACUCAUGUGUGAGACCCAGAAGUAGCUCCUUGUUCCUGGUUUUGGAUUGGCCCAGCCCUGGCUGUGGCAGCCAUUUGGGGAGUGAACCAGCAGAUGGAAGACCUUUCUCUCUCUGCCUCUCUCUCUCUCUUUGUAACUCUGCCUCUCAAAUAAAUAAUUUUUUUUUCUUUUAAAGACACCUUUGUUAUCCCUGAAUCCUAUAACAGAGUGGCUUUAAAAAAAAAAAACAAAGAUGGACAGAGA